AUGGCCUCUUCUUCUAAAGAGUCUGUACCAGGAGACAAAUGGUGGCAAUGGAGAUGGUUCUCUUCUGAAGAUACAAAGGAAGAAAGACGCUUGAUCACAAAGAUUGAUCUCCUCUUGGUACCUUACUCGGUCCUCGGGUAUUGGGUCAAGUAUAUUGAUCAAUCAAACCUGAACAAUGCAUACGUUGCGGGAUUGAAGGAAGACCUUCGCUUCUACGGGAACGAACUCGUCCAGCUCCAGACCUUGUUCACCCUAGGAUCGGUGCUAGGCCAGAUUCCCUUCCUUUUCAUCAUGACAUAUGUCCCCAUCCAGUACCUCAUUCCGAUCUGCGACGUUAUGUGGGGUAUAUUCACGCUGCUCCAAUACCGUGUCAACUCCUAUGCCGAGUUGGCUGCUUACAGAUUCAUGGUCGGCUGGUUUGAAGCUGCGUUUUUCCCAGCGAUGCAUUACGUCUUUGGCUCCUGGUAUCGAGGCCACGAGAUUGCUCGACGUGGAGGUAUCUUCUACACUGGUCUGGGCGCUGGUACUCUAACCGCCGGUCUCAUCCAAGCCGGAGCAUCUAGCUCACUAGAGGGUGUUCGUGGCAUGGAAGGCUGGCGCUGGAUGUACGUAAUCUGUGCCUUGAUCACAAUCCCCGUCGGCACCCUCGGUUUCUUUGUCAUCCCUGGCACCGUCGACCAACCCAACAAAUGGUGCGUCAACGAGAAAGACGUUGUAAUCGCUCGCGAACGCCUAGAAAAGCACGGCCAUGUAGUACACGGAAAGAUGAAAUUCGGCCACAUCACCCGAACCCUUCUCGGUUUCAGAUUCUGGCUCGUCAUUACGACCGACGUCCUAUUCUGGAACGCAGGUAUUCAUAAGACCACCGGUUCUUACCUGCUCUGGAUUAAAAGUCUUGGUCGGUACAGCGCGGCGAAGAUUAACGAAAUGGGAACCAUUGCGCCUGCGCUAGGAAUAGCGUACACACUGAUUGCUUGUUUCGCCUCGGAUAUGUUUCUCGGCCCAGCGUGGGCAAUUACGAUUUGCUCGGCUCUUAAUGCAAUGGGUCUCAUCUUCCUGACCAUAUGGACGGUCCCUGAAGGUGGGCUAUGGUUCGGAUUUGCCACCAUGUACUGGUCAAAUGCUCUGUCUUCCGUCUUUCACGGCUGGGUCAAUAACUUGCUGCGGGACAGUCCUGAGGAGCGCAGUUUCACUCUCGUGCUCAUUAAUCUGCUAUCGCAAAGCUCCACUGCCUGGACACCUUUGCUUACAUUUCCCACAGUGGAGGCUCCAAGGUAUAGGAAAGGCUUUUCAUUUUGUCUCGGAUGUGCGAUUGCGUUGAUCGUGUUCACCUGGAUCAUGUACUAUUACUUGAAGAUGGACAAACGUAAAGUCACAGGCUCUGCAGAUGAGGAGACGAGCAGUGGUGUGAUAACCUCAAUGGCGGGCGAUGGAAAGAACGGCGAUGAUCGCAUCGUUGAGGUCAAAAACGUUAGACAGGGCGAGAAGGGUAACCAAGCAGACGGCGAUGGAAUUUUGAUGCUUUGA